AGUAGGUGGAAAAGUCCAGAAAAUUAAGAUCCAUUCUGUGAGUAUUUCAUGAAAUUAAUCCUAAUCAGUGCAGCUACAUGGGUUAUAUUUCUGCACUGAAGGGAGAUGAAAUGGUUAAUAGAGGAGUGUUCAUGAUCUCUCUGUGUUUGUGCUCCUCCUCUUCCUCUAUUGCUCUUUCACACACAGAACCAGGAAGUAACUCCUCAUUUCAGAGAAAACAAAACUGAUCUCUCUCUCUCUCUCUCUCUCUCUCUCUCAGUGUGAGUUCAGGAAAAUGGCCGAGGCCAGUAUUUCAGUAGCUCAGGACCAGUUCAUGUGUCCAGUGUGUCUGGAUCUCCUGAAGGAUCCGGUGGCUAUCUCCUGUGGUCACAGUUUCUGUAAGGUGUGUAUUAAUGGCCGCUGGGAUCAGGAGGAUCAGAAGGGCGUCUACAGCUGUCCUCAGUGCAGAGACACUUUCACGACAAGGCCUGUUCUACGCAGAAACAACAUGCUGGAUGAAGUGGUGGAGAAACUGAAGAAGACUAAAGUCCAAGCUGCUUCUCCUGCUCACUGUUACGCUGGACCUGGAGAUGUGGAGUGUGAUUUCUGCACCGGGAGAAAACACAAAGCCGUCAAGUCCUGUCUGAUGUGUUUGACUUCAUUUUGUGAAAUUCAUCUGAAACCUCAUCUUGAAGUUCCUGCUUUGAGAAAACACACAUUAAUUGAAGCCUCAGCAAAACUCCAAGAGAAGAUCUGCUCUGAACAUAACAAGCUGAUUGAGAUCUACUGUCGUACUGAUCAAAUAUGUAUUUGCUCUUUGUGCAUGUUGGAGAAACAUAAAGACCAUGACGCUGUUUCAGUUGCAGCAGAAAGAGCUGAGAAACAGAGUGAGUUAAAGGAGGAGCAGAUGAAAUCCCAGCAGAGAAUCCAGGAGAAGCAGAAGAAGGUGCAGGAGCUGAAACAGACUGUGAACUCUAUAAAGCUCAGUGCACAGACAGCAGUGGAGGACAGUGAGAGGAUCUUUACUGAGCUGAUCAGCUCCAUGGAGAAAAAGCGCUGGGAGGUGACGGAGCUGAUCAGAGAUCAGGAGAAGGCUGAACUGAGUCGAGCUGAACGACUCCUGGAGCAACUGGAGCAGGAGAUUGCUGAUCUUCAGAGGAGAGUCACUGAGCUGGAGCAGCUUUCACACACACACGAUCACAUCCAUUUCCUGUUUUAG